AUGCAGGGGCACAGGCCUACGAUGGAGGACGCUCAUGUCAUCCAUGCCGAAGACACCUGGGGCUUCUUCGGAAUCUUUGACGGUCACGGAGGUGACCAGUGCUCGCGAUUCAUAUCGAAGCGCAUCAGCGAAGAACUGGGCAAGACCGGCAUGCCAGAUACAGACAAGCAGGUCACCGACUUGGCUUGCCGCCUUGACAAGGAGGUUCUGGAUUCGAACCAACCUGGAGGAUCUACAGGCACUUUUGUCGUUGUCCAGGCACCAAAGACCACAAGCCCGACCAUCCGUGCGAACAAGCACGGAUCCGGCGCACUGGCGGAACUGUCCACACAGUCAAUGGAGUGGCCCGUGUAA